UUCACGAGACACGCGGCAUCGUUUCGUACCUCUCUGUGACUGCGGUGCUAAUAUCAAUAGAUAUCAUCUGUGAUGAAUAUUUAAACGGGAACGUUUUUGCGCGCGGUAAUGCCACAUCGAAUGAGUUAACCCCUCUUCAACUUCCUUUUUUUCUCGGUAUCUUCGUACUCUGGACACCUCGGUAUCAUUUAAUCAGACUUUUGUAUGUGCGUAAUCAUUUUGUGGAUGCGUCGUCGUAGCUAUCGUAUCGAGGAGAAACACAUUUACCCAAGCGACAAGUAUCAAAUCUCAACAGAGUCCAAUAGAGAAUGACGCUGACAUGUUGGGAAAAAAUAUCUCUGGUCGCACUGGCCGCGAUUGGACUGAGAAUUUUAAUAAAGGCCAGCGUGCUCGUAUGGAGAAAAUUGAUGGCACCCAGUUUCGGCUUUGGAGUGAACCUGAUUACUCAAGGUAGAUGGGCAGUGGUUACCGGCGGGACCAGCGGAAUCGGGAAAGCAUACGCGGAGCAACUCGCAAGAAAAGGUCUCGACAUUGUAUUGAUUUCGCGAUCGUUGACAAAACUGGAGGAGGUUGCAGCUGAGAUCAAACAACGAUACAGUGUCAAAGUUCGAGUAGUAGAAGCAGACUUGACCGAGGGCCAAACUGUUUAUACGAAAAUCGCUAAAGCAACCGAGGAGCUCGAGAUCGCCGUGGUGGUGAACAAUGCUGGAUCGAGUUACGAUUACCCAGAAUUAUUUACCAAAGUCUCGGAAGACUGUGUGGAAAAAAUUGUGCAAUUGAACGUAGCAGCGGUAACAGGAGUCGCGAGAGUACUACUGCCGAAAAUGUUCGAGCGUAGAAAAGGCGUUCUUAUAAACAUCAGUUCGUCAAUGGCGGUCAUGCCCAGUCCUUACUUGUCCGUUUACGCUGCGAGUAAGGCUUACGUGCUAAAACUUAGCUCCGAUUUAGCCACGGAAGCCGAACCGAACGGAGUCACGGUUCAAUGCGUGAUACCUGGCCCCGUGGCGACCAAGAUGUCAAAGAUCAAGAAAGCGACAUGGAUGGCGCCGACCGCAGAGAAAUUUGUAGAAUCCUCGUUAAAAACGAUUGGAAUCGAAUCAUGUACAACCGGCUAUCCGCCUCACUGUUUACUUACUGGAUUCGUACACGGACUGCGCUGCGUAUGUGAAAAAGGCGCUGUCUGGCUUAUCUCGAAAACGAUGUGUAACAUAAGAGCACGUGCUUUGAACAGGAAGACCAACGUGAAGGACAAUGCGAAAGAUUCUCUUGUCACUGAAUAAUUCUUCACCUUGGCGUCCUCUUUCCUACACUCUUUUCCCCGAUUCUACGUGUCCUCCGUUUUCCAUUGUGGAAAUGAAACUUAAAUUGUAAAUUUGCGACGCGUCCAGAAAUCGACAAAAUGAAACUACGGGAUUCUGUUUACAGAAGUAAUUUAGACACAUUUUACUGGAAGAGUUGUUUAGAUGCUGGAAAUUCCCGAGAACUUUGCUUCCUCGGACAUUUUUGAGCUCCUUGAAACGACUGUUGUUUAGAUUGUUUGUUAUGUCGUAUGUAAAUGAAUGUAUGUGUUAUAUUUUGUACCGGUAAGUGUUAUUCGAAAGAAAUAAAAGAGUACAAUGGCUUGCUUC